CACCGACGAUCCGGAAAAAAGGAGUCAACACAGCAAAGAUUUCGUCAAGAUGGUUCGACCUCUCAAGCGAACACGUACAAGGAAAACAGAAAAGGAACCGAGAGAACCGGAGCCAGAGCCACGAUUCGAUGAUAACGAACCGAUUGGAGAGAUCGAGAGUGAAACGGAUGACUCACAAGCACCGAUACCCUCGUUUGACAUGGGAACUGACUCAACCAAACCCACGGCGUUCGAUAAGCUCCCCUGGAAGAAAGUGCGACUACCCGACUUCCUUGGUGAUGGCCUAUCCUUCGACCCCGAUGGUGGUGGAUUGUUAGGCUUGGAAGAACUGGAUGGAUCGGUUUGGGAAGACAUCAAGCAGUCUAGUCGUAAACGGAAUCUUGAUCAACUGGAAGAAACAGAUACCCAGCUCAAGAUUGAGGGUCAAGAAAUCAGUCAACAACCUGCUUCCGAAGUCACACCCAGUCAAGCAACGAUCGAUAAAGAACUAAGGAAAAAGGCUAAGAAGGAAAGACUGGCCAAGCUAAGACAACUCAAGAAGGAUGCCCAGGCCAACAAACCCGACAUCCCUAAUACAGAUUCCGUCAACGAUAGUAAAAACGGACCAAAACGACGGGAGAGUAACCAAGUAGAGGAUGAACUAGAUGACAUUGAUUGGGCUGCGACUGCCGAUCUCGAUGGAAUGUCUGAUAUGGAAAGAGACGUGGAUAACCAGUUGAUCAUGCUACCCUUCGAUGAUUCACUAUUACCUGCUUGGCUAGAUCUCAAGCUGGCCAGCCCGAUCAAGCGUGCUCUGUAUAACCUAUCAUUCACAAAACCAACAGCUGUACAGGAAGCAAGUUUACCUAUCUCACUCUCAUCUUCGGAUUCACCUCGAGAUUUAGUGGUAAUUGCUGAGACGGGUUCGGGGAAGACACUGGCCUAUGCCCUUCCGAUCCUCAAUGCUCUCAUCCUUUCCCCGCCAUCACCGAUGCUGAAAUCAAGCCCGCAAAUUUUGCCUAUAGUCACACUCGUCUUGACCCCAACUCGGGAGCUAUGUCUACAAGUCAAAGCUCACAUUGACACAUUCCUCAAGGCAAUGUGCAGUGAGACUCAAUCAUCGCAAGAAGAAGGUGCGACGAAUGAACCUAGCUCGUCGAAAAAUCGGACAGGAAUCACGACGGUCUCGAUUUGCGGAGGGAUUGCGAUUGCCAAGCAACGCAAACAACUCGAACGAAGCAAGAAACUCAUGGAGCCUGGGAAAGGUGGGCUAGGCUGUAUCGUCAUCGCCACACCCGGUCGACUUUGGGACAUGAUUCAAAGCUGGGACGAGUUUGCGGAGGGAAUCAAACGCAAGUUGGAUUGGUUGAUCAUCGAUGAGGCCGAUAAGAUGAUCGAAAAAGGCCACUUUGAAGAACUCGAAAAGAUCUUGAAGUUGACCAAACGUCCAAAAGAUCGUCGUCCUCGACACACCACCGACAACAAUAACGCCGACGAAGAUGAUGGUGAAGAGGAAGAAUGGGAAGAUGAAUGGACCUCACAAGCAAAUGAUGCUGAUAAUUAUAUCAAGGAGAAGAUUAGGACAAUGGUCUUUUCAGCUACGAUGGACAAGAACUUGCAGAUCAAUUUAAAGAAGAGGUCAUUCAAGGGAAAACCACCAGCUGUUGGGGGAUCAAUUCCACCCGCGGAUCCGAUGCAUGACUUACUCGAGCAGAUUGACUUUAGAGACCCGCACCCUGAAUUGAUCGACUUAACUCCGCAAGGAAGGAUGGUUGGUGGACUCAAGGAGUGCAAAAUCGAAUGUGUGCUUAAAGAUAAAGAUCUAUAUUUGUUACACUUCAUGCUGCGUUACACAGGACGGACGAUUGUAUUCCUAUCCUCGAUCUCAGCACUUCGACGGUUGUCGCCGAUGUUGAACCUCUUAUUACCCGACUCGACGGUCUUGACAUUGCAUUCAGAAAUGCAACAACGCUCCCGCUUGAAAUCACUGGAUCGGUUCCGGUCGAGUUCGAAUUCGAUCUUGUUGUCCACCGAUGUGGCGGCACGAGGAUUGGACAUCCCUCAAGUCGACCAUGUGAUCCAUUACCAGGUCCCGAGAUCUUCGGAUUGUUAUGUCCAUCGCUCGGGUAGGACUGCUAGAGCUGGAAAAGGCGGCGUCGCGUUGGCGCUCAUCGCACCCGACGAACUCAAAACAUGGCGAAGCCUGAUGAAAAACUUGGGUAGAGCGGAUGAUUUACCAUCCCCACCGAUCGAACAUUCGAUCUCGAAUAAAUUGAAAGAGUUGUUGGAGUUGGCUAAGAAGAUCGAUACUCUUGAACAUAAGUCAACCAAACAAUCACACGAUGAGAACUGGAUGAAGAAGACAGCAGAGAUGCUCGAGAUCGACUUGGAUCACUCGAACGACGAAUCUGAUGGAGAUGAUCAAGACAAACAACCCAAAAAGGGGGACAACAAAGCGAUGACUCAAGCGAAGAUCCUCCGGGCCCGAUUGAAAGAAAAACUCGCAGACCCAUUGAUCAUCAAGAACAAUUCAUUGAUCAUCAGGUCUAAAGCUAAUCAUCAACAUCGGCCUCGGAAGAUCAAUAAUUGCUUCAUCAAAGACCCCCAAGUCAUCAAAAACUUCCUCUCUAAUCAGAACCAUUCUCAUCUCGUUGGCUUGGAUCGCUCGGUUAAUGCCUUGAAUGAGCUUUCUUAAUCGUUCCUUUUUGUCAUGUAUUUCUUUUCUCUCUUCCUUUUUUUUUUUGCUUGGUUUUCAAUUUCUCAAUCUAUCAAUCCCGCAAGUAACUGCAACUCUUUUCUCUUGUCAAUGGGUUUACCUUAAUUACUCCCUUUUUUUCGGUUGGUAACAAUCAUGGCAAAAGGCUUUUUUUUUGCAAGACUCAACAACACUCAGAGGUGUCCUCCACUUAUGUCACACACACACUCUCUCUCUCUGUUGAGUAAUCCCAGCAAAGAUUUGGUAUAAGC